UGAUUCAGCCUCCUACGUUACCGUAGACACUUUGGUGGACACGGCCCUCUUUCAAAGUUCCUGGGGGAAGAGGGAAGGAACCCGGACAAACCCAAGGAAAGGGGCCAAGAUUGAUCUCGGAGGAUAAAUAUUUACCUUUAAUUCACCCCAGGGAGGAUUAUUGUCCACCCCAAUAAAAAGGGUGCAAAACGGAAAACCAAGGACUUGACUGCCCGAGAACGUCAGAAAAUAAAGAAAAUGGCGGAGCCGGACAAAUUAAACAUCGACUCUAUAAUUCAGCGUCUCUUGGAAGUCAAGGGUUCUCGACCAGGGAAGAAUGUCCAGCUGACAGAGAGCGAGAUCCGUGGCCUUUGCCUGAAGUCCCGUGAAAUCUUCUUGAGCCAGCCAAUCCUGCUUGAACUAGAGGCUCCCCUCAAAAUCUGCGGUGAUGUCCAUGGCCAGUACUAUGAUCUGCUCCGGCUGUUUGAAUAUGGAGGCUUCCCCCCAGAAAGCAACUACCUGUUCCUUGGAGACUAUGUAGACAGAGGGAAGCAGUCACUGGAGACCAUCUGCCUGCUCCUAGCCUACAAGAUCAAAUAUCCAGAGAACUUUUUCCUUCUGCGUGGAAACCAUGAAUGCGCCUCUAUUAAUCGUAUCUACGGCUUUUAUGACGAGUGUAAGCGGCGGUAUAACAUUAAGCUGUGGAAGACCUUCACAGACUGCUUCAACUGCUUACCUGUGGCGGCCAUUGUAGAUGAGAAAAUCUUCUGCUGUCAUGGAGGCCUCUCUCCUGAUCUUCAGUCUAUGGAGCAGAUCCGCAGAGUAAUGCGACCCACAGACGUGCCUGACCAGGGUCUGCUGUGUGACCUGCUUUGGGCCGAUCCAGACAAAGAUGUGCUUGGUUGGGGUGAAAACGACCGUGGCGUCUCUUUCACAUUUGGGGCGGAUGUGGUGGCCAAAUUUUUGCACAAACACGACAUGGACCUAAUAUGCAGGGCGCAUCAGGUGGUGGAAGAUGGUUAUGAGUUUUUCGCAAAGAGGCAGCUGGUCACCUUAUUCUCUGCUCCCAACUAUUGUGGAGAGUUUGACAAUGCCGGUGCCAUGAUGAGUGUGGAUGAAACACUCAUGUGCUCCUUCCAGAUUCUGAAGCCAGCAGAUAAGAAAUUGUAUCCUUAUGGCGGAGGAGGAGGAAUGGGAUCUGGGAGACCGGUCACCCCGCCGCGAAAUUCAGCCAAGGCUGCCAAGGCCAAGAAAUAACAGGCGCUGGAUACCCCUUCCACAACCUGCCACCCUGCUGUCUACCCAACACUCUUCUUUCUUCUACAUCCCAAACUUGUUUCUCCCUCGUCACCAAAUGGCAACAAAGCAGACAAGUGUCCAGGGUUCAAUCAUGUUUUUUCUCUUUAAAACCAACUGUUUGUUUGUCUGUUUGCGUGCAUUUUUUUGUGUGAGUGUGUAAACAAAAAAGAAAGUGAGAAUGAUACAGAGGGAAAUGCUGUAUUCUGUAUGUAUGUUUUUUUUCUUUCUUCCUCUUGUUCCUCUGUUCAUUUUUCCUUGUCAUUUUGUAGAGCUGGGUUCUUCUUCCUGUUCUGUGAUGUAAAUUCAAACCUGGGUGUAGUGGAGGAGGGAGAGGGGCAAAGAGAAAGAGGAGCCUUAGCUGUUUAUGUUAAGGCCCUGCACUGUUUAAUGCUAAACACAAGCUUUUGUACAUCCUGUUUCAGAGGUUUGUGUAUGUCUGUGUGAUGGGUGGUUAAGGGUGGGGUGGGAUCAAGUUGCACGGUCAAAUGGGAAUGGCACAUACCACACACUGGGUGCACAGGUGGACAUAUGUGCAGGUGCACCCUUGAAUGAAAUGGAUUCACAUGAAAUAAUACUUUUUUCCCCUUUCCCCCUGAAAACCAAUGAUUUGAGAACGCAAACAUGGAUGUGAAAUAGUUUUGCUUCUUUAAUUUUUUUUCUUUUUUUGUAGAUACAUGAAUUAGUUCACUGAAAGUACGAUGAAUAAAAUAACCAUUUAUUUGAA